GCAGUUUUUAUGAUAUUUCUAUUUAGGAAAGACCAUGUUAAUUUGAUAGUUAAAAGACCAAUAAACUUGAUGAGAAUAUAUAAAAUAGGUGUAUAAAAAUGUGGAUAUUCUACUUUCGGCAAUGGAAUGACAUUGGAAGGUAUCGUUAAAGUAUCAUUCCAACCCUCUCCCUCUCUUCAGUUAACUGUAUUCAUUUUACGAUAUCAGCGGUAUUUCUCACAUUUUUUUCUCUCUAUCUCUCUGUCUCUGUCUCUGUCUCUCGCUCAUCGAAUUUCUCGCUGAAAAAUAUAAAAAUUGAAUUAGUUUUAAAGACUUUUCGCUUUUGAUUGAAAUUGUUACCAUGACUGAUAUUAUAAGAUUCUACAACAGUUAACAUUAUCACAUGACUCUAAAAACUAGAAAAAGAUUAAUUUUCUUCUCAGUUCAAGCAAAAUAUAUACAGUAUAUGUAGAGCGGGUUGGCAGACAUUUUGUAUUGUCGGCGAGUAGCCAUUUUGAUAUCAACUUGCGUAAAGGUUGAAAAAACUUAAAAAUAAUUACUUUAAUUAAUUAUUUUAAUUAGUUUAUUAUUUUUUUUAUUAUGUUACGAAAAAAAUAUUUCGAUAAAUUUAUCAGGGUUCGUGGUUUUUCUUAUUGCGCACGCGCAUUUAUAUAUGCAUAUAUUAAACCCUGCGAAGAAAUGUCUCAUCUCUUUUCUGACCUACAUGUUAAUGUAUUAAAAGCCUUGUUCGAAAUAAAAAUUUCGAAAGGUUUAAAGUUGGAAAGAUGUUUGUCUAAGGAUGCAGUUUAUCUUGAUACUUUAAGAAUAAGAAAUGACUUUGAGCGGCAUUUUUAUGAAAAGACAAUUGAACGUUUCAAUAAAAUUCAACAGCUAAGGGAACAAACCUUCGGAAAAUGUGGAAAAAUAUUUUUACAAUGUUCUAUUGAAAGACACAGCACGAAAUGUCUAUUUCGCUUGUUCGGGUGUUGUACAAAUUUGGGUGAGAAUCAUAGAACAAGUUACCUCAUCGAGGUUGAGGUUAAAGAACAAAAACAAAUAACGUUCGAGUACUUGAUGAGCCUGCUCGAUAGGGAAAACAUCACUCUCAAUGUAGUAGGUAUCUCUACAUUUGGCGAUAGAGAUUUGGAUUUUGAUACUCGUCACUUUCCAAAGGUUGAUCUAAUUGUCCCUCUUAGUUGCUGUUUAAUGAGGGACAUUGAUAAAAACACAUUUGGAAAUUCUUUAGAAACACUCUACAUAUAUGCAAAGAGGGAAUUAAACAUACCCGAACCACAGCUCUCUCCAGGACAUCGAUACUACAUUCAGGAAUUGGGUAACUAUCUGAUACAAAUUCGGGAUAGUAUUGAUUCAGUCAUUACUGCACUAAUCAAAAAAUAUAUGGGUCUGAUUGAGAUCUUGAUAAACAUAUCACACGUCUAUACUGAAGCCUAUAGACAAAAUAAGUUGGGAUAUUUUGUGGAGAAUAUACCAAAUAUCCGUCAACAAUUGACAACGCAAAACGGGUAUUUUGAGGAGACACUGCAAUUUUUGUCUGAUGAAAACUGGGGGAUGUACGAAGAAUUAUGCAGAACAUAUCCAUGGUUGCCAUUUCGACCUCCGUACAUGAAUAGAGAUCGAGCAAUAAAUCUAAUGUCGUUCAACAGUCCGGAAGAGUUCAAAUUAACCGAACAGUAUUUUUUCUCAGAUCUCUCGGCCAACGAACAAUAA